AUGCCCAUCCCCACCGAAUUGGUCGGGAGUCUCCCUCGACCCACGUACCUACAAAAGGCCUUUGCAGACUACGAUGCCGGCAAUAUCUCGCGCGACGAGCUGAUCAAGGCCCAGGACCGAGCCGUGGAGGAUUCGUUGAAAAACCUUGCCGCCACGGGUGAAGUGUUGAUCACGGACGGCGAACAGCGGGCGAGUUCCUUCGCCACGUAUCCCAUCACCGACACGCUCGGGGGCACAGGUCUGUCGGACAACCUCGCCGCGGACGGCCAGUACUUUGCCAUCUUUGACGAUGGGCAUCACAGGCAGCUGCCCCGCCUGGUCAAGGGUCCGUUUAAGUACAAGACCUACGCCUACGAGAACCUGAAGAGGUCGAUGCCGCUUGCGGGAGGGCACGCCAUGAAACAGGCCGUCAUCGCCCCCUCCAUGAUGUACCUGCUGUAUCCGCUCAACGGCACCGUCGAGGGAUACUCUCGAGAGCAAUUUGAAAGGGAUGUCGUCGACGAGUGCGAGAAGGACAUCCGCGGCUGCUUCGCCGCGGGAGCAAAACGUGUGUCUAUCGACUUUACGGAGGGGAGGCUUGCGACCAAGAACGACUCGAGAAAUCCGUGGACGGGGGCCCAUUUGCUGCAGAAGUUCAUCGACUUGAAUAAUCAGGUCCUGGACCGCUUCACACCCGAAGAACGCGCCAACAUCGGCAUCCACACCUGCCCCGGCGGCGACUGCGACUCGGUCCAUUCAGCCGACGUCGACUACCACGACCUUUUGCCUUCCCUGUUCCAGAUGAACGCGGGCUACUUUUUGAUCCAGCUGGCAUCAGAGAAGAACAAGACCCGCGUAUACGAGGAGAUUGGGCGCACGAUCCGCCGCGACGCCAACGGUGUCAAGCAGGUCGCCCUUGUGGGCGUCGUCAACCCGCUGAACCCGGAGGUCGAGUCUCCCCAACAAGUCUGCGACGCUCUCGUCGAGGCCGCCAAAUACAUACCCAAGGACCAGCUGGGCGCCACCGACGACUGCGGCUUCAGUCCGUUUAGUAUCGACGUCAAGCCAAAGCACAAGAAUAACCCGGACUUUGCGCGCGAGGUCGCCUUUCAGAAGAUCGCAGCCCGCGUCAAGGGGGCGAGGAUGGCGAGCGAGCGGUUGGGAUUGUGA